GACCAGCCCCACAAGGCCAACCCAUUUGCCCAAGGGUGCUGAGCUGAUGAGAAGCAGGGUUGGUCUCUGAGAGAUGGAUAGCUGCCCGCUUUUUACCAUCCUGAACUGCCAAGGGUCGCCAGGCUGGCUUGGCCAAGCCCCCCAGGACGCCUCUCGGUGUGAGGAGGGAAGUCAGUGAAUAACACACAGAAAGCGAACACCUAGACAGGAGCCCCGCGGAGGAGACCAAGGCGGCCAGCAAGAGGCUGCAGGGCCGGGUGCAGGGCCUCCUGGCGUCGGCUCCCCGCUCCGUGCCACCGGCCCGAGCCAUGAUGAAGACCUUGUCCAGCGGGAACUGCACGCUCAGCGUGCCCGCCAAGAACUCGUACCGCAUGGUGGUGCUGGGUGCCUCGCGGGUGGGCAAGAGCUCCAUCGUCUCCCGCUUCCUCAACGGCCGCUUCGAGGACCAGUACACGCCUACCAUUGAGGACUUCCAUCGGAAGGUCUACAACAUCCGAGGUGACAUGUACCAGCUGGACAUCCUGGACACGUCUGGCAACCACCCCUUCCCUGCCAUGCGCAGGCUCUCCAUCCUCACAGGUGACGUCUUCAUCCUGGUGUUCAGCCUGGAUAACCGGGAGUCCUUCGACGAGGUCAAGCGCCUCCAGAAGCAGAUCCUGGAGGUCAAAUCCUGCCUGAAGAACAAGACCAAGGAGGCGGCGGAACUGCCCAUGGUCAUCUGUGGCAAUAAGAACGACCACGGUGAGCUGUGUCGGCAGGUGCCCACCACCGAGGCCGAGCUGCUGGUGUCCGGGGACGAGAACUGCGCCUACUUCGAGGUGUCGGCCAAGAAGAACACCAACGUGGAUGAGAUGUUCUACGUGCUCUUCAGCAUGGCCAAGCUGCCCCACGAGAUGAGCCCGGCCUUGCACCGCAAGAUCUCCGUGCAGUACGGCGACGCCUUCCACCCCCGGCCCUUCUGCAUGCGCCGCGUCAAGGACAUGGACGCCUAUGGCAUGGUCUCGCCCUUUGCCCGCCGCCCUAGCGUCAACAGUGACCUCAAGUACAUCAAGGCCAAGGUCCUUCGGGAGGGCCAGGCCCGCGAGCGGGACAAAUGCACCAUCCAGUGACCGGGAGGGACGCUGGGGUGGGGCUAGGGCAGUGCCUUCCAGGAGGUGGCCCCAUGUGCCCGCUGUCCAUGUCCCCCCCCCCCGCAACGAGACCCCCAAUGGCAGCCAUGUUCGAAGGCCUCUGGCACCAGAAUGGACGACCCCAGUCUCUGACCUCUGUAUGUUCUCCUGCCUUUUCACCACUUCCCUCUGAUUCUGCUUUUCUGAGGUCCCCUGUGCUUCCAGCACCCAAAUCAGGGCCGCCCUAACCUUAGGGCUGUAAGAAAUGCUGAUGCCAGAGGGGCCAGACUCCCUACCCGGAGGGAGACUCCUGGAACAGUCGUAGCAAGGUAGAACCGAGCCCCCCAGAGCAAGGCGGGAAAGGACUCAGGCCCUCUGGUCUCGGCUUAGCUGCUCCCACCCCCAGCCUGGGGGUGGCCCUCAGGUGUCCCUGACGGUGAGCCAGUGGCCGCUGACUGUAUGAAGGAAGAGGAGCGUGGCCAUGUCCGUGGACCACGCCCAUCCCUGGACUGCCUGGCCUCCACUGGCCUCCGCCGUGUCUGUCUGUCUGUCUCUCUCUCCCAGUUUCCUCCCCUCUGUCUGCUGGUUGUGCUUUGCAGUUCUAGCUGUCCUCCCGUUGUGCGUAGCUGUAGGAACAGAAAUCCUUGUACUGUAAAAGCUGCCCCCGCCUGGCUGGCCGGACCCCACUGCCUCUCCUGGGGACCCUCCCUCCCCCGAUCCUGAUCCCGGACAGGGUUCCGGGGUCCUGCCUCCGGCUAGACACUGCCCUCCGUCAUGAGCUUCACAGUUUACACUUGCACUUGGGGGGGCGGGCAGGCUGGGGCUGCUUCUCCUCCUGCCCCCUCCUCCCUUCCCCCGACCCACGUCCCCUUUCCCUCCCCCGUGUCACAGAGGAGGUGGUACGCUUCAGCCCAUCCCCGAGGCACCUGGUUCAGGGCAGGGAUCUGCCUCGAACCACACUAUCUCCUACUGUGCUCGCUUCUUAAGCAUUUAUUGAGCACCUGCUGGGUGCUGGGUCCACUGUGUGCUAGGAAACAAAGAGGGUGAGCAGUGCACUUUAUGCCUCCCAGGCCAGGCCCUUUCCCAACCCUGGCCUCUUUCCCUCACCCGCAUGGCCUGUGCCCACCCCUGCCACCCCACUGCCCUGUGCCCUGUGUGCUGUUUGGGGGUGGGAGGGGGGUGCAGGAGCAGCUGGGAACCAGAGCCGAGCCCGGAGAGGUAGGUGGGAAAGCUCCUCGGGGGUCCCUAGCCUGUACCUAGCGCUGGACGGCUGCGGACCAGGUGUGGCGGGAUUUGAGCAUGUCUUGUCCUCAGCUCUUAACAAAUAUAUUUUGUAUCUUAAUCUCCUUUAAAAUACUGAGAUUUAGGCCUACCAGGAACUUUAGUGAUCAUCUAGUGACUCUUUCUGAGACCCAGAGAGGGUGACUGUCUCUCUGGUCCCAGCGCACAUGGCAAGUCUGCGACUGGCAGAAGUGGGGCUAAGUCUGGGUAUCGGGCACACCACCCCCCCCAUGCUUCCUUAGCCCCGGGCGGGGGGAGGGGCCCUUCAGAAACCAGAGCGCCUUUUCCCUGACCCUUUCUCUAGAUUGCCCUUUGAGGGUUCCUGUAAAUUCUGUGUACACACACGUGAACACCGAGUUCUACACGGGCCCCAACCCCAGCUUGCCGUACCCUAUCCCUCUCCCCUGGCACCUCGCUUCCAUGCCCUCACCCAGCCCCAGCCUGCACCCUCUAGGCAGACCGGGUACCAUCGCCAGGACAGGUGUGUGGCCUGGUCCCACCCCAUGAUGUCCCCCUGCUGCCCCAGAUCUCUGUGUACGCUACCAAUUAAAGUGGGUUUGUUUCUAA